CUCUCUCUAAAUUAUUAACCCAUGUCUGUUAAUCUUUGUAUCUCCACGUGGUUUUGGCUUACCAGAGAAUGCCCAGACGUCUUACCUUCCUGGCAGCUACAUGGGCGUCUCCCUGGCAACUCACUCUCUGAGUUCCUCUUCCCAGACGUCUAGUCUGGUAGCCCCGCCUAUACUUUCUGCCUGGCUACAUCCUGGCUGUCCAUUGGCCAAAACAGCUUUAUUCAAUAACUAAUAAGAAACAUUUACAGCAUAUAGAAGAAGGACAUCCCCCAGCAGCCCUCUGCUUGACAGCUUACAGGAAAGGUCCCAGGAGUGCCUGGCCCCUUAGGCUGUCCCAAGGAACACACCUAAGCCUCCACCCAGUGGACUUUUCCCAGCUACUAGACUGAGUCAAAGGUCUGCUUAGGGGUUGGAGGUGCCUGGAUCCCCACACCCUUGCCUAGAGUUCCACCGUUACUAUGCUUCUCAGCAAUACCACGGCUCCUGAGGGAGGCCUUUUGAGGACUUACCACAGUACCAGACUGCUGCUCCUCUGUGUGUUUCCUCCAGGAGGUACACUUAAGCUGCGGCCUGCUCUUAGGAUCUUGGGGUGUUUUCAGCCAGAUCCCGCCUGCCUCCCAUGUUCUAAGGAGUUCAGGUGUCUAGCUGAGGCAGGCACUAGGUGAACAGCCGCCAGGCUGUUACUUCUCAGGACAGCCCUGGUUUGGAAGGGUGAACAUAGGCCACUGUGGACUCUAGGGGACAUUAAAGGACAGGCGGGGAAUGGCACUCCCAAGGCCAUGGAGUCACCCCCACGAUCUGAAAGUCUGCCCUCCCCUUAGCAAGGUGAUUAGGACACAGGCGGAGACUGCAUGAGGGGUACUACUGUUUGUGAUGGUUAGGUCCUGAUCCCGCCACCCUGAGUAUGCCAAGCCCUGUAGUGGCAGUUUCCACAGUCAUCGGGCCUACAGGACUAGCUUAACCAGGGUGGGAGCAGGUCUGAGGGGGUGGCAGGAUCUCGUCAACUUGGCAGGAUUUAGGAUCCCCCCAGGAACAUCUUGAGCAUGCCUGUUCUCAGGUUAACUGAGGUGAGCAGACCCAACGUGAAUGUAAGAGUGCCGCUCUGUCAGCUGGAGGCCCAGACAAAGUAGACCAUCAGACCCUGUCCCUGCUUCCCGACUGCAGACACCAGUGACCAGCUGCCGUGCGCCAUACCUUGCCAUUGUCAGAUCUUCCCACUGUGACAGACUGCAUCACUUUUCGUGACCGAAAAUAGACCCACCCUUCCUGUGGUUGCUUUAAAUCAGAUAUUUUAUCACAGCAAUGAGAAAAGAAGCUAAUAGAGUGUCCUUAUAAAGGGGACCUUGGAGAGCUCCUUACCUCUCCAGCACAUGAGGCUGCAGCAAGACCACCAGCCGCAGACCAGCCACUGGCUCUCCAAGACCUUGCGUUUGGCCUUGUGGCCCCUGGAAGUGUCAGGCAAAUUCCUGUUGUUUGUAAGCCAUGGGAUACGUGGAGCAACCUGGUAGGAGUGGCAGGCUUCUGGGAAGAGCUGAGACAUGUCAGCAGGGCUUGUCUUCCCUGGUGCCCAGGGCCACACGGUGCCUGCUGAGCACCUGUGGUGGCAGGAAGGCAUGAGGGUGGGCCUGGCAGAUCCAGAAGGGCGGGUUGGGUGUGUUUGUGUGAGAAUGUUUCCUACCUGGGAGACUUUGGCCACUCUGCCAGCCCGGCUCCUUCCCAGGACUUCCUGCUCCAGAAGAGUGGGUAAACGCCUCUUGAGGCUGUGUGCUGCCCAGUUCUGGCUGUCCCUCCGACCUUUCCCACCCCUCCUUCCUCCCAGACUCAGUCAACCUUGAGGGUCCAGAGCCUAGGGUCAGCCUGCUCUACCACAAAUAGGGAAGAGUCCGUUUGGACUAACCUUUACUGGAGCUUCACAUUGGUGAAUGGAAGAGACGUCUCCAGGACUGACCCCAGAAAGCAAAAACAGUGCUGCAUGAUAGAGCCGGAGAAGAGCUGCAGGCGGUGUAAAGAAGCCUCCCGAACUGGUUGGUCACGCUGUUGCAGCUUGUGUGAGAGGGGCAGGACAACGGUGUGUGUCUUCGUUUUCAUAGACUGGUUUUUCAAAACAAACUCUUCUUAGCACCUUAUGAAGUGUCAUCAGAGGUGGCAGGUACCAGCUUCCCUUCCCGGAAUCUCCACGUUUCAACCCAGCCUCAGGACUGGCGAAAGCAGAGCAGGCGGUGGGGGCGGGGAGCUGCCGCCUCCCUGUUGCUGCCGUCAAUAAGUCCAGCAGCCACUCAACUCACUGCAGGCUGAGACAGACAGCCGUGAGGCUCGCCAUUGUCAGUCCUCAGCGCCAGCGAGAGCAGCCCCGGGACCAUGAAUGCAACUUGCAACGGCAGCGUGUGGCAGGAGCCAUUCAACUACAUCUUCGGCAUCUACUCAGUCCUGCUGCUGGUACUGGGCCUGCUGCUCAAUGGCCUGGCACUCUGGGUGUUCUGCUGGCGCAUGGACCAGUGGACGGAGACCCGGGUCUACAUGACCAACCUAGCUGUGGCUGACCUCUGCCUGCUCUGCUCCUUGCCAUUCAUGCUGUACUCCCUGAGAAACACGUCAGACACGCCAGCCUGCCAGCUCUCACAGGGCAUCUACCUGGUCAACAGGUACAUGAGCAUAAGCUUGGUCACUGCCAUUGCUGUGGACCGCUACGUGGCAGUGCGGCAUCCGAUGCGUGCCCGUGAGCUUCGGUCCCCACGACAGGCUGCUGCAGUGUGUGUGGCCCUCUGGGUGGUAGUGGUCGCCUCGCUGGUCGUGCGCUGGCGCCUGGGGCUGCAGGAGGGUGGUUUCUGCUUCAGGAGCCACACUCGGCACAACUUCAGCACCAUUACCUUCUCGCUCCUGGGCUUCUACCUGCCACUGGCCAUAGUGGUCUUCUGCUCUUUGCAGGUUGUGACUGUCCUGGUGCAGAGGCCAACCACUGACGUGGCGCAGGCAGAGGCCACCCGCAAGGCCACCCGCAUGGUCUGGGCCAAUUUGGCUGUGUUUGUCAUCUGCUUCCUACCACUGCAUGUGGUCCUGACCGUGCAGGUCUCCCUGGGCCUGAACACCUGUGCCGCCCGCUACACCUUCAGCCGUGCCCUGUCCAUCACAAGUAGACUCUCAGAUGCCAACUGCUGCCUGGAUGCCAUCUGCUACUACUACAUGGCCAGGGAGUUCCAGGAGGCAUCCACAUCAGCCACGUCCUCCAAAACACCCCACAGGAGCCAAGAUUCUCAGAGCUUGACACUCACCUAGAAGCGAACAUGUACCAUGGACUAGAGGAAUCUGUGACGUUGGCAAGAAGCCCUCAAAUCAGCCUGAAGCUGAUGUGGGUUUUGAACACUCUAGGAAGCUCAGCUGGCCUAGAGAGGCUGUAUCGGCUCUCCUGAAGGGACCAGAGGACUGAGAUUCUAAAGACCAACGUGAAGGACCCUGGAACAAGACCACAUACCUGCCACCCCAGAUCUAGAACCCCCGAGGCACCAGAAUGGGGCCUUGGUGGCCAGUCUCUGGGUUGAGGAUAGAGCUGUCUCCUGGAGAUGGUUCUAGCAGGGUCCUCGGUGUCACCCAGAUACGUAUGGUGCGAGGCAAAGAAGGAGCAUAUAGCUCAAAGAGCCAGGAGUCAUUUUCUGAGAGGACCCUCUAAUGGCUGUUUCCUUUAGGGACCUCCAGACUUUAUGCCUCCUGCAGGGUUAGGCAGGAGGGCAGUAGCUGUGGUCUGGAAGGCUGUCAUCUACAGCACAUGACUGUUGAUGUUGCCCAGGCUCCGAAUCAGGGGGAUUCCAGCUCAGGAUACCCAAUGGUUGUAAAGCCAUGCUCAUCAGUAACACUGCCGUUGAAGUCCUGGGCCUCUUGGUGGUGGUUCCAGUUUAUAGUGGGCCUGUUGAUCACUAAGCCAAUGGCUGUGGUAGUUAUCUGCUGGGGUUUGUUGUGAGGAAGAUUGACAUUUGACCCGGUACCUGCACUAUCUGGGGGUGUGGCCUUAGGCUGCAAGGGGCUCUAGAGACAAGAAUCGACUACAAAGCCAGCUCAGGGGCUGCAGAGAUUAAGAGCACUGGCUGUUCUUCCAGAGGUCCCGAGUUCAAUUCCUAGCAGCCACAUAGUGGCUCACAACCAUCUAUAAUGAGAUCUAGUGCCCUGCCCUGGUAUGUGGGCAGAACAGGUAUAUAUAAUAAGUAAAUCUUAAAAACAAACAAACCAAAACCAGUUCAGAGCCAAAGCGCAGAGUGCAUUUUUUCACCCUUUGUGCUUUAUCUUUUGUCUUGGCCCAAAUGCUGCAGUCAGAGACCCUCCAACUGGGGGUUGCCCCCCACUCCCGACUCCCACUUCAUCCAGCUCUUAUUGCCUAACUGUCCUCCAUUUUGUGUGACCUUUUCUGCACAAAGCAAAAGUCUGUUCACCCUCCAGACACCAAAGAAAGAAUUCCACCCAAGUACAAACUGGUGAACCAGUUUACUGGCGUUACCAAAGCACGGUGGCCCCACCACUCACUCCCUGGUGGCCCCAUCACUGAAAAGCCCACUCUCAGCACGGGUGACAACUCACAGAAACUGCACCGCUAGAUUACCAGUCCCUAGGAAACUUCCCCCUCGGAUAUACCUGGACACCCGCUCUAGACAAGAUGCAGACAGGGGUCUGAGGGAGCAGUGGCUGGAACCUCAGGUCUGCCGACCCUCUUGUCCCUCUAAGAGAGAAGUCUAACAGCUUUUCCACCAGCAUCAAUCUGUUCAGCAAGGUAGUAUUUUUCUUAUUUCGUUACCAUGACCGUGGGCAACGGCAUUCAGUGGAUCACAGCAGCAGUCUUCCUGCUCAUGGCUGCUGAUCAUGCUAAGCUAGAGGAAAUGGCUUUCCUACCACACUCCUCCUUCAGAUCCUCCAUUCUCUCCACACUCUGCAAUAUUCUCUGAACCCUCAUCUUGGAAAGGAUGAUGUAUCUAUGGGUAUGAAAAUAUAUAAUAUGCCUGUG